AUGAUGAGCAAACAAAAACAAUGUGUCACAUGUAAUAAGAGUAUUGGUAUUUUAACGUGUAAUGGAUGUGAACAAAGAUUUUGUGGUAAACAUGUUAUUGAGCAUCGACAAAAUCUUGCGAAUCAAUUAGAUGAUAUUAUGCAAGAUCAUGAUUUAUUACAACAAGAACUUAAACGAUCAUCUGAUGAACAUACUUUAAUCGAAAAAAUCAAUCAAUGGGAAAUACGAACAAUUAUGAAAAUUCAAACAGCUGCAAAAAAUGCUCGAACAGAAUUACAGCAGAAAAUAGAAGUGUCUAAAAAGCAAAUAUCUAAAGCAUGUCAUGAGAUUGCUGCUAAUCUUCGAUCAUCUCGUGAAGCUGAUGAUUUUUCUGAGAAUGAUCUAAUUCGGUGGAUACAACAAUUGGAUAAACUUAAAUUAGAAACUAUAUCACAAUCAUCAAUUCAAUUAAUAGAAGAUGAACAAUCUGUUAUUCAUUUAAUUAAAAUUUAUGAAAAUAAAUCUAUAUGCAAGGCAAUUGUUCCCUAUCAUAAUGAGUUUGUAAUACAAAAUCCUACAGAUCUUUCUUAUCAAGAAAAAUUCUCGAAAGUAAUUGGACCGGGAAAAAUUAUUGACGAUGGUCUUCUUGCUAAAUGUACAGGUACUGAUUUAGAUUAUGCAUUUAUUCUUGGUCAACAAGUAUAUUCACAAGAUAAACAAACGAUACGAUUUAAAAUUGGACAAUGUAAAUCUCCAUAUAAUAUUUUCUUUGGUUGUAUUUCAUUUCAAAUGAUUGAAAACGAAAAUAAAAUUCAUUAUUAUUCACCUUUAACUGCUGGUUGGUUUGGUUGUAAUGAAAUAUAUCAACAUGGUGCUGUUAAUUAUAAUUAUAAAAUACAUGGAUAUAAGAGUGAUGAAAUAGCGUCAAAUGAUAUAGUACAACUUACAUUUGAUUGUUCACAAAGACAAAUUGAAUUAUUUCAUGAACGUACAAAUAAACGUCAUACACUUUCAGUCAAUAUUGAUGAAGCACCUUUACCAUGGAAACUUUUAUUAGUAUUAAAUCGUCACAAUGAUUAUGUCAGAAUUUUACCUCAAAAAAACUAA